AUUUUAAAGCUUACCUAUUUUCUAUAUAUUAAUAUAGCUGCAUUGUGUUGGUUGUAUUCAACCAGUUAUUUAAUUCUUCCUUACUUACAUCAAAGAAGAAAAGUUUUCCAAGUUGGGAGAUUGCAGUUCAAAAGAAAAUAUUAUUUCAAAUAUGUCGAGUGACAAUGUGGAAAGAAAAGGAACCUUCAAGCUCAAAGCCUUGAGAGAAAUUGAGACUAGAGUCCAGAAGAUAUGGAAUGAAGCAAAAGUUUUUGAGGAAAAUGCACCUUCACCAGACUCAUCUGAAAGAAGGACGCCGAAACAUUUUGUGACCUUUCCGUAUCCAUACAUGAAUGGACGUUUGCACCUUGGUCACACAUUUUCCCUCACUAAAUGUGAGUUUGCUGUUGGAUUCGAAAGAAUGCUGGGGAAGAAAUGUCUUUUUCCAUUCGGACUACAUUGCACAGGAAUGCCAAUCAAGGCUUGUGCAGAUAAACUCAAAAGGGAGAUGGAAAUGUAUGGUUAUCCACCAAAUUUUCCUGAAUUUAAUCAAUCGUGUGAGAAAAGUGAGAAACAAACGGCUGAAUCAAUAAUUAAAGACAAGGCUAAAGCCAAGAAAAGCAAAGCAGUAGCCAAGUCUGGCAUAAUGCAAUAUCAGUGGCAAAUUAUGGAAUGUCUAGGAUUGAAGAAUGAUGAAAUCAAACAUUUUUCUGAUCCUGAACAUUGGCUGAAGUAUUUUCCACCUCUUGCUAAAAGUGAUUUGCAGAGCAUGGGUUUGAAGGUCGACUGGAGAAGAACUUUUAUUACAACAGAUGCAAAUCCAUAUUAUGAUUCGUUUGUACGAUGGCAGUUUCUGACUAUGAAAGAUCGUGGAAUGAUUAAAUUUGGUAAAAGAUAUACCAUAUUCUCACCUAAGGACAAUCAACCAUGCAUGGACCAUGAUCGUCAAUCAGGGGAAGGUGUUGGUUGUCAAGAAUAUACUCUUAUCAAAAUGAAAGUGCUAGAACCAUAUCCUGAGAAAUUGAAAUUUUUGUCUGGUAAAGAUAUGUUUCUUGUUGCUGCUACACUUCGUCCCGAAACAAUGUUUGGUCAAACUAAUUGUUGGAUUAGGCCAGAUAUGCCAUAUAUUGCAUAUAAGGUGAAAAAUGAGGAAAUAUUUGUGAGUACUCGUCGAGCAGCCAGAAAUAUGUCGUAUCAAGAAUUGAUGACAGAGGUUGGAACAGUUGAAGUUGUUGCUCAACUCAUCGGACAAGACAUUAUGGGAAUGGCAUUGCAUGCUCCUUUAACAUCAUAUGAGGUGAUUUACACUCUUCCUAUGUUCACAAUAAGAGAAGACAAAGGUACAGGUGUGGUGACAAGUGUUCCUUCUGAUGCUCCUGAUGAUUUUGCAGCUCUGAGAGAUUUGAAGAAUAAAGCACCACUGAGAGAGAAAUAUGGAAUUACAGAUGAAAUGGUGAUGCCUUUUGAACCUAUUCCUAUCAUAGACAUACCUGGAUUCAGUAAUCUUUCUGCUGUUCAAGUCUGUGAGCAGUUAAAGAUUUUGAGUCAAAACGACAGAGACAAAUUGGCUGAAGCAAAAGAUAUGGUUUAUUUAAAAGGAUUUUAUGAUGGAGUCAUGCUGGUUGAAGGAUAUGAAGGACAGAAAGUUCAAAACGUAAAGAAACCUAUACAACAAGCAAUGGUUAAAUCUGGUGAAGCACUUUUGUAUAUGGAACCAGAAAAAAAAGUGAUGUCGAGAUCUGCUGACGAAUGUGUUGUUGCUUUGUGUGAUCAAUGGUAUCUUGAUUACGGAGAGAAAAACUGGAAAUCAUUAACUAAAUCAUCGUUGGAAAAGUUGAACACUUAUUGUGAUGAAACGAGAAAAAAUUUCGAUGCGACUAUGGAUUGGUUGAAAGAGCAUGCUUGUUCUAGAACCUAUGGAUUAGGUACUCGUCUUCCAUGGGAUGAGCAAUGGUUAAUUGAAUCUUUGUCUGAUUCAACAAUAUACAUGUCUUAUUAUACAGUAGCUCAUCUACUACAAGGAGGGGUUUUUGAUGGAUCUGGGAAAAGUCCUGCAAAUAUUAGUCCAGAACAGAUGACUAGGGAAGUUUGGGAUUAUAUUUUUUACAAAUCAACUCCAUUUCCAAAAACAAAAAUACCCAAAGACACUUUGGAUAAAUUGCGCAGUGAAUUUCAAUACUGGUAUCCUGUUGAUUUGCGAACAUCAGGCAAAGAUCUUGUGCCGAAUCAUCUUACAUACUUCUUGUAUAAUCAUUGUGCCAUAUGGCCAAAGGAACCAAAUUUAUGGCCAAGAUCUGUUCGAGCAAAUGGUCAUCUGAUGUUAAAUUCUGAAAAGAUGUCCAAGUCGACUGGAAAUUUCUUGACUUUGUAUCAAGCUGUUGAAAAAUAUUCUGCUGAUGGUAUGAGACUGGCUUUAGCGGAUGCUGGAGACACAGUCGAAGACGCUAAUUUUGUUGAGAAAAUGGCAGAUGCAGGCAUCUUACGCCUUUAUACAUGGUUGGACUGGGUAAAAGAGGUUCUGAAUGGAGAGAUUCCAUUACAUGAAGGACCAGCAGAUACUUUUAAUGAUCGUGUUUUUGCAAGUGAGAUAAAUAUUGGAAUUGUGGAAACAAGAAAACAUUAUGAGAAUAUGAUGUAUAAGGAAGCUCUUAGAACUGGCUUUUUUGAGUUUCAGGCUUCCAGAGAUAAAUAUCGCGAGUUAUCAAUGCAGGGAAUGCAAAAGGAUUUAAUUUUACGAUUUAUUGAAAUACAAACUCUCCUACUUGCACCAAUAUGUUCCCAUGUCUGUGAACAUGUAUGGGGACUUCUUGCAAAGCCUGGUUUAAUCAUGUAUGCCAAAUGGCCUACACCAGGCCCAGUUGAUGAAAUCUCUAUCAGAGCAUCACAGUAUGUCAUGGAUACUGCUCACGAUCUGCGCCUGAAAUUAAAGAACAGAAUGGCUCCAGGAAAGGGAAAGAAAAAGUUUGACAAGCCGACACACUGCAUUAUUUAUGUGGCAAAAACUUAUCCUGAAUGGCAAAAAAUAACCCUGGAAGUAAUGGUUCAGUUAUAUAAAUCAGGAAAAACAGAAUCUUUGCCAGAAAAUAAAGAAAUUGCGGCUCAACUGAAGACCAGACAAGAAUUGAAGAAGUACAUGAAAAAGGUGAUGCCAUUUGUUGCAUCUAUCAAAGAUAGCAUUACUAACAUUGGAGCAGAACGAGCCUUAGCACUGACAUCAUCCUUUGAUGAAGUAGAUGUAUUGGUGACUAACAGAGUUUACUUGGCCAAAUCACUGGAGUUGGAAGGUGUGGAAAUAAGACCAUCUAAUCAAGGACCGGUUAAAGUUCAAGAGGAAUGUUGUCCUGGGAAACCAAUGUGUGAAUUUAUAGUACAACCUUCAGUGUUAGUGCAAGUACGAAAUCACCAGCCAAUGAGUGGAUGUUUUUCAGUAAAUAUACCGAUAUGUGAUGGUGAUACUUGUAAUCAAAUUGUAACCAAAGUUUGCAAAUUAAACAAGUUCAUUAAAGAUUCUUCCAAAGUUUCAUUGAUGCGAUACACAGAUCCAGUUAGCGGUCCGAGAAGAAUUCCUCACUUUGAUUCAGCAAUGGAUUCUCUAACUAAGCUGUCUCCUGUGACAAAGUUUUCAGUUGAUGUUGAUGAAAGAAUAGUAAGAGUUGCGGAAAGUGCAUCCGAAUCAUCAGCAAUUGAUAUUUGUCAAACUUUGGUGUACGUUGCUGAAUAAUAAUAAUAUUCCUAGAUUUUUUUCGGUAAUACCCUGAUUAGAUAGAAAUAAUUUUUUGACUUGUGGUAUUUUACACAUAAAUGCAUGGUGGUGCAUUUAUUUUUGGUCAUGCUUCACGGAUGUGGUCUCAUUUUUUUAAUGUCUACGUUCGGGGUGAAGUUUGUAGAAUAGAAAUUGCUUGUAGUGGACUGGUGUCAAUAAAUGGUCAUGUUAUCCUGUUGGUGGCA